AUGGCAAAAGUUAUUGGUAAUUGUUUACUUGAAUGGAAAUUGGAUAAGGUAUUCACUGUUACUGUUGAUAAUGCUUCUUCGAAUGAUGUCACGGAAAUUGAUGUUUUUGUAAAACGUGUUAGACAAGCUGUGAGGGAAGAAAUUAACGCCGAAGUGGAUGCUUAUUUAAAUUCUUUGUUUGGGGAGUAUAAAAAAAAAUACUCCAAAGGAUGUUAUCUUCAAUCAUCUCCAUCUAAAUCUAUUUCAUCUUAUGACACAUUUGAGCCAUCUAGUAGGAAUGUGAGAACAAAAUCUGUGAGAACAAAGCAAUUGUUGAAAAGGCAAAAGGAAGACUCUAGAAGUGUAGGUGCUAAAUCUGAGUUGGAAAGAUAUAUUGGUGAAGGACAAGAGCAGUUGUCUAAUGAUUCUAAUGACUUUAAAAUCUUAGAUUGGUGGAAAAUUAAUGCGCCUCGAUUUCCUAUUCUAUCCGAGCUAGCUCGUGAUGUGUUAGUCAUUCCAAUUUCAAGUGUUGCAUCGAAAUGUGCAUUUAGCACCGAUGGCCGUAUUCUUGAUUCAUUUAGGAGUUCAUUGACUCCUCGGUUGGUGCAAAGUCUUGUUUGUGUUCAAGAUUGGUUUAGAUGUGAGGGUACUCCUAUUAAUGUUGAAGAAGAUUUCGAGUUUCUUGAGCAAAUUGAACUUGAUAUGGCAACGAGCGGAAGAGAAACUUGCAUUGUUGAAAGAGAUAAUAGCAUUGUUGAUGCAUAGUUUGAACAAGUGGUUCAACUAUGCCUCGUGGUCCUAAAGCUAGAUCGCCUGUUUGGGAAUAUUUUGAGCUAGUUAAAGUAAAUGAAGAAGCCCGUAAAGCAAAGUGCCUUCAUUGUGGCCGAGUUUAUAAUUGUCAUCCAAAGUAUUAUGACACUUAUGGCUUAGUAAAGCAUAUUAAGAAGUGUCUUAUGCCUCAUCCAGUGAUUCGUAUUUAAGGCUUUAAGUAUCAUUUUCUAGACUUACUUUGUGGCUUGUGACUAGUUUGCCACUGUUUUGUUGUUUGGUGAUGGUAUUUCUAGACUUAUUUUAGACUUUGGUAGCUGCUAGAUUUGCCACUGUGUUAAACUGUUUUGCACUAGUUUGCCACUGCUGGACUGUGCGGUAUUUUGCUACUUAGGUGUUCUGUUUGCACUGAUGCCACUGGAGGCCUCCCUGCUCUCUGUGUGCUUGUUCUCUAUAGUCUAUUCUCGGUUUCAUUUAUAGUGUUGUUUCAAAUUAGAGUGUUAUUGUCAGCAAAACUUGUGUUAGACUGCCGUCUGCCACUGUCUUUCUCUGUUGCUGGGCUGGACGAACAACUAAAUGACAAUUUG